AUGAGUGCACUAUCAGCUCUUGCCAACUAUACCGAUGAUGAAGAAGAGGAGGAGAACGAAGUGAUAGAGUCAACCAACAUUGCAACUUCAGAACAAAAAGCACAGCCGCCGCAAUCGCAGCCGCAAACGCAACCACAAUCGCAGCCUUCUUCAACCAAGCAAACAGAAUCAGCUCAUGAGAAGAGAAGCUCGUCGCCAAUAGCAACCAAAUCAACAUCCUCAGCACGUGGUGAUGAGACAGCCGAGACAAAGGAUGAACCAGAGCAUGUCCCUGAAGCGGUUCGACGACAUUUGGCAUCAGCUGAUAAGACGCGACAACGACGACUUGUAUUGAUGGCUAAAGCUAUUGACGGAGUGGACAAUUGGGGUAUCCCUUCCGAGCCUACUACUGAAUGUGACCCUGAUCUCUUGGAAACAAUUACCCAUUUCCAGACAUUACACAAGUCAGGGCAUCGACUGAAUGAGCAUUUACAAAGCAACAAGGCGUUUCGUAACCCGAGGAUAUAUGCCAAGCUCGUUGAGUUUAUUGAUUUGGAUGAGAUUGGAAGCAACUUUGACAAGGAGACGUUUGAUCCACAUGGUUUCCCCAACGAAGCAUACAUUGAUGGCCUCCUAGAAGCUCAACGUCAAUACGCGGAAGAGAAAGCUGCAGCUCAACAGAACCGAACCAACAUUUCUUUUGUCAGCUCAACAAGUACUGCUGGUGGUGGUGGUGGUGCUACUACUACUGCUGCUGCUACGACACCAAGCAAUCCAGCACAGUCAGCUGCCUUGUCAGCUGCUAUGGCCAAUGCAGCUAAAGUGGCGAGUCGCAUUACUCAACAAGGCCAAGCAACUACCAGCAAACGAGAUCAUCCACGGCAAUCAUCAUCAUCACCCUUGUCAUCUCGCGAGCAUAGUAGCAAGCGAUCCCGUCGAUAG